GCGGCGCCUCCGCGGACGGCGCUCGGCGGUUCCCGCCGCUCCCGCCGGCGCCACUCGCGGGGCCGGGCCACCCACAGGCGGCGGGCGCUCGGCGGCGGCGGGGCGGAGCCCGAAGGUGGAUGGCCCCGCAGCGCGCUGCGUGAGAGGGACCGACGGCGGGCCGGCCGGCUGGGGCGCGGCGCGCUCCGCGGGGAGGGUCCGGGCAGCCGAGGCGGCCGGCGGGUGGCGGCGGCCCCUCCGCGCGAGCUCUCUCGGUCCGGGUCCCGCUGGGGACAGUGGGCGCGCGUGGGGACGCGCGGCGGGGUCGGCGGCCGGCCGAGAGCGCACGGCGAGCGCGCUGCGCGGAGGCUCCCGCCCGUCCCCGUGGACGCCCGGGCCGGCGACUCCGCGAUGGACGGCGAGGGCCGGGGGCCCCGGUCCGGCGGCAGCCUGACCCCGCUGUGCGCGCGGCGGCCGACCCCCCGGCCCCGCUCCUACCAGAGCCCCAGCGGGCUGCUGGUCACCGACUUCCCGGCCGAGGACCGGGGGCCGCCGCCCGCGCCGGCCGGUAGGACGGUGGCCCCCAGCGGCAGGGCUGUCUCCCCCCGGCUCCGGCGGUCCAAGUCCCCCCGGGGCCCCAAGGCGGCGUCGGGCGGCCCCCCGGAGUCCCCAGCGAGGGGCUCGGCGGUCUCGACUGCGCUGCAGCCCGUGCGCCCCGUGCGGACUCCGGCCCCGCCGGCCGCCCGCCCCCUGUCCGCGCCCGCGGCGAACGGGCUGCCCCCCCGGGCCCCGGGCCCGCGUGCGCUCGCCGGGCCGACGGCCGAGGACCCCGCGCCCCCGGGGAGGCCGCCCCCGCGGGAGGACGCGCGCCCGGACGGCCUCGCCGUGGUCCUGAGCACCAACAGCCCCGCCGCCCUCAAGGUGGGGAAGCGGCAGAUCAUCCCCCGGGGCCUGGCCUCGGAGACCAGGAGCAGCAGGCCCGGCGGCCAGGGCGCGGGGCCGCACCAGAGGCUGGUCAAGGCGCGCAGCAUGGUGGAGGGGCUCGGGACCGGCCUGGGCCCCGCGGAGCCCGCGCCCCCGCCCGACAGCGCGGCCGACAGCCCGGGCUCCCUGCGCAGGGGCCUGCGCUCCACGUCCUACCGCAGGGCCGUGGUCAGUGGCCUGGAUGUGGACAGUCCGGCCACCUCGAAGAAGAAGAACAGAAUGUCCCAGCCUGUCCUGAAAGCCGUGAUGGAAGACAAGGAGAAGUUCUCCAGCCUGGGAAGGACGAAGAAAAAAACGCUGAAAGGACAAGGAACAUUUGAUGGGGAAGAAAACGCGGUCCUGUAUCAGAACUACAAAGAAAAGGCGCUUGACAUUGACUCUGAUGAAGAGUCGGAGCCCAGAGGGCAGAAGUCGGAUGAGAGGAUUGUGGUUCACCCCAAGCCGCUGAGGGCCACGUGGAGCCAGCUCUCCGCGGUGAGAAGAAAUGGAUUAUCUCAGACAGCGAGUCAGGAGGAGAGGAAGCGGCAGGAGGCUAUCUUUGAAGUCAUAUCCUCUGAACAUUCCUAUUUACUCAGCUUGGAGAUCUUGAUACGAAUGUUUAAAAAUUCUAAGGAGCUGAGCGAUACGAUGACCAAAAUAGAGAGUCACCAUCUUUUCUCCAAUAUUACGGACGUCUGUGAGGCCAGCAGAAAAUUCUUCACUGAGCUGGAAGCCAGGCAUCAGGACAACAUCUUCAUAGACGACAUCAGUGACAUCGUGGAGAAGCACACGGCGUCUACCUUCGACCCAUACGUGAAGUACUGCACCAAUGAGGUCUACCAGCAGCGGACGCUGCAGAGACUGCUCGCCACCAACCCAUCCUUCAAGGAGGUAUUGUCCCGGAUUGAGUCCCACGAAGACUGCAGGAACCUGCCAAUGAUCUCCUUCCUCAUCCUGCCCAUGCAGAGGGUGACCCGCCUGCCCCUGCUGAUGGACACAAUCUGUCAAAAAACGCCCAAGGACUCUCCGAAGUAUGAGGUCUGCAGAAGAGCCUUGAAGGAAGUGAGCAAGCUGGUUCGACUGUGCAAUGAAGGCGCCCGGAAGAUGGAAAGGACCGAAAUGAUGUACACAAUUAACUCCCAGCUGGAAUUUAAAAUCAAGCCUUUUCCGCUGGUCUCCUCUUCCCGGUGGCUGGUCAAGAGGGGCGAGCUGACGGCCUACGUGGAGGACACGGUGCUUUUCUCGAGGAGGAUGUCCAGACAGCAGGUCUACUUCUUCCUCUUCAACGAUGUGCUCAUCAUCACCAAGAAGAAGAGUGAAGAAAGCUACAACGUCAACGAUUACUCCCUGAGGGACCAACUGUUGGUGGAGCCCUGUGGCAGUGAGGAGCCCCACGCCUCCCCGGGGAAGAGCAGCCCCGGGGCACUUCACUCCAGGCAGAAUCCCGCCAGCCACCUGUUCACGCUCACGGUGCUCAGCAACCACGCCAGCGAGAAGGUGGAGAUGCUGCUGGGGGCCGAGACGCAGAGCGAGCGAGCCCGCUGGAUCACUGCCCUGGGACGCAGCAGUGGGAAGCGGCCCGAGGACCGCACCUCACUGACCCAGGUGGAGAUCACUCGCUCCUUUACCGCCAAGCAGCCCGACGAGCUCUCCCUGCAGGUGGCGGACGUGGUCCUGGUUUACCAGUGCGUCAGCGAUGGCUGGUAUGAAGGGGAAAGGCUGCGAGAUGGAGAAAGGGGCUGGUUUCCUCUGGAAUGUGCCAAGGAGAUAACGUGUCAAGCUACCAUUGAUAAGAACGUGGAAAGGAUGGGGCGUUUGCUGGGGCUGGAGACCAACGUGUAGCCUCUCCACUGGCCUGUUCCUGCGAGAUUUGCACUAUAGCACGGUGGGCUGCUUGCUCUGGGCUGGCUUGGUUAAUUUUAACACAGCCUAUUUAUUUCAAAGAAUGAAAACACUUGUCUUUAAGCUUGCCAAGUGAUUCUGCUCCCUCAGGAGAACAGCCACUGAACACAGUUAGUUCUCAAAGCUGUGUGUGUGCACAACAAUCCUCUUGCAACUUCUUGAGGGGUAAAUAGGGUGGUUGAGUCCACUUCAGGGAUCAGGUGGCUUCAGCUCCCCUUGGUUGAACCAUGUUCUGGCAUGAAAACCUGGGUAGAAGAUGCUGUGUCCUGGUUUCCUCUGUCCUCACUUAACCAAGGUCCUACUCUCCCUCCUUUCCAUGGUUCUCCCAGUAUUAGCAAGACUGUCUUCAAAGAAUGCCCAGUUCUGUAGCCAUUGUUCCUGCCUCGUAUUUCAGCACUGAUUCUAAUGUUCUGUUGAUUUUCUAAGGAACUGGUAGAGUUUUGAAGGUGAGCUUCGUUUUUCUAAACCCAUUUCCAGGAAAGGGGGACUGACACCUGAAUCUUUGCACUUCUUUCCUCAUUGAAGGGAAGUGAGGAGGCUUACUUAAAAAAUGUUUCUAAAUUCCAUCUCACCCAGUAUUGGUUUUAUCUAAGCAUAGCCUCAUAAGACCUAAGCUACUCUAACAACAUAGGAUUUAGAUGGGUCACCUGUGUGGGAAAAUCCUUAAUAUAGGACAGGGUUUCUACUUUUUAAAAAUAUUCCCAAAUGAGCUGAUCAGCUGAGGUGAGGCUGCUUCACCUUCAGUAAUUCCAGGGUUUUGUCUGUUCCUGCUCCCAUUUCCAUCCAGGAAAUGGACUGAAACACACUAAGAUCUCACGGAAGAUGAAGUCAGGCUGUUAGAGGCAUCAGGAAGCCAGCAGGGUGCCUGAUGAAACAUAACCUCUGACCUUACUGGGAGCCCUUAAUUGCACUGAAGGCCUUGCUUGCUGGACUGGCAUCUCUCUUAGCUGCAGUGUCUGCGGAGCUUCAAGGAGGGAGAAAAGUCGUUUGAAUAGUACGUUUCACGAGAGGGAGUGAGAGUUUGGAAGGCUGGAGGGGAGAAGGGAUGAUUCCUGGCAGCCCAGUUUGCUGUCCCCCCGCUUCUCCUCCAUGAAGGGACAGAAGCUGGCAGCGGGCACGUUGUUCAAGGGCUCAGAUCUGUGUUGACGUGUCCCCGUUACUGUCGGCCAGCCAGUCACCCGGACUGUGAAUUAAGUUGUGGAAACCCCGUGCGGAGACGAGCUUGGCUCACACACCCUGCGUCCGCCACCUCAGCAGUGGGCCAGCCUGGGGCACCCGAGCCUCCGAGCUGGCUCGCCCCAAUUGCUCUCCUUUCCACAUGUGUCAUGCACAUAUUUCUGGGUGUAAGAGCUAUGCCAGGCCCGAGUUCCUUGAGGUCCGGGCCAGUCUAGCAGUGGCUGCACAAGAGAUGUCUCGGGGUUGGUAAAACAGAAAGUCUUGUCUCUCUUUAAGGUCACAGACUUUUGGAGGAGGGGCUAACAGGUUGUAAUCUAAUAGGAGGUUUUCAUUUAGGAAGGAAGGUAAACUUGUUGCUUGCAAAGGGAUCAUUUUGUAUUAUUUUUGCUAAUACCCAGUUGAAGCUAAAAGCAACUGUACGAAUCCUGUGAAUUAAUUUAUAAGUAGAGAUGUUAACAGUUUUGGAAAUUUGUGCAUCUUAGGAAUCAAAGCCUUAUUUAGCAAGCAGGUCAGUCCUGUCACCAGAUAAAGCGAGGGCAGGUGCUCAACGCAUUCACAAUGUUUAGGUUCAACCGUGAGCUGUGGUUUUUACAUGACACAGUAUUGUUUCAAACCUAGUUCAGUUCCUCUGUUGCUUCUCUGAAUUGUACAGUGACUUCAUUCAGUGACCUGUGGAGAACAAAAAUGUUCAUUUUUGUCCCAAUGAAUUGAGAGUGCUUGUACACUUUUGGUGAAAUAUGUGAAUUUAUAAAGAUUUUGUAUAUA